UUCUUAGCAUAAGAAAGAAUGUAAUAGAUUGCAUCACCUUUACUCAUAGAUAAACGUGUGUACGUAAUUAUCCUUAUCAGGAUGGUCUCUUGUGAUAAGUUUGACGUAAUGACUAAGGUUCUGUGAUUCGUUGCCUAACUGAAAGAUAACACUUGUCCCAUGGAAUUUCUUAGUUAACAGGAUGCCGGUGUAUCUUUCUGUAUUUCCCCCUGUCCGAAAUUCCCUCCGGGGGAAAUAUACCCCGGGAUAUCUAUCCCCCUGGGGGAAUUUGGUCUUGGGAUAUACUUCCCUCUGGACUAAGUUUCCCCCAACCCCACUCUUGUAGUAAAAAUAUGGCUAUGGCGAAGUGUAGCAACGACAGCCUGCCUCAGAGGAUAAUUAUCAUCACGACAAAACUACCAGCAAUUUCACUUGGGCUGUUGACAAUCGCACUCCCUUGGAGCCAUGGCGCCAAUAGGCUUCACAGUUGUCCGAGCAGUGGCAGUGGAAACAACUGCGUCAGAUGGAGGAGCUCGCUUACCACACAUACUACCAAUAUCUGAAUAGCGGAAAGUAUCCAGAUGGACUGAAUAAAGACGAAAAGCGUGAUAUUAGAAAAAGGUGAGAACCAUUUUGUGUUAAAGAUGGAAGCAGUCAGAAAGAUGGAAGCAGAGGGAAAAUAAGUCACAGAAGAUGAAAUGGAGACAAAACCAGAGAAGCUUCCUGGCAUGCUUGUCAUGAAAAGUCAAGCACUUACGGGUGUUUAUAGGGACAUCGAUGAAGAUGUAAUUACGACGCUUCUUGCAACACAUAAGCAAAGGAGGACGACAUACCUGGGGCAUGAAUGUGUCAAGAAUGUACAGGAAUUACGGCAGAUGGAUGCAAAUUGGGCAAGUGUGAGUCAUGUUACGCAUGGUACCACACUGCUUGUCUGAACAACACAAAAUUAUAAGGCCUCAUGCAGUUGCCGUAAGUGUAAGACAGUGCCGCAAUCAAAAAGACAAAAGAUAAAAUUAAUUAACGCUCCUCCAAAAUCCGCGAUUCUUAUUGCACUUUAAGUACUUUUUUUUUUUUAGCUUCCAAUAAAGGCACAAUUUUUUUUACCAUAAUCCCGAUAAUCUGGGAAUGACAAGUAUAAUGAGGCAUCACCCUUGAUCUACCUGAAACUACUUUUGACUCCAACAUAGACAAUAAUAAGAUAGUAUCAGUAACCAAGGAACAAGACGGACGACAUUGUUUAACAUUAUGUGCUGCCAACAUACUGUCGCUGAUGUCCCAACGCUGGAUGGUAGAGGUGGCUCUGUUGCUGCUGGUCUGCGCAGUCACUGCCACUGCCAUAUCUGGGAAUCAACACAGCAGUGGUGCCUUACUUGCACAUGAGUCACGGAAGUGUCCAAGCUCACCCCUCAAUAUCUAUGAUUGAAAUCAUCUUAGCGGACAAAAGUUGAAACUGAAUCCAGGAGGAAAUACAAGCACCUGGCGCCUGAUGCUUAUUAAAAAUUGGCGCCAGAGAGAGAAAGUAACUGGACUAGCUGUUCAGAACGAUAAGAACUGAUGACUCCGAGCAGAGCAAGAGAAAGCUCGUCUGAAGAGAGUACGAGCAAGAGAAAGCUCGUCGGAAGAGAGUACGAGCAAGAGAAAGCUCGUCGGAAGAGAGUACGAGCAAGAGAAAGCUCGUCGGAAGAGAGUACGAGCAAGAGAAAGCUCGUCGGAAGAGAGUACGAGCAAGAGAAAGCUCGUCGGAAGAGUACGAGCAAGAGAAAGCUCGUCGGAAGAGAUCUACGAGCAAGAGAAAGCUCGUCGAAGAGAGAAGCUUCGGCGGAAGAGAGUACGAGCAAGAGAAAGCUCGUCGGAAGAGAGUACGAGCAAGAGAAAGCUCGUCGGAAGAGAGUAAGCUUGUCGGAAGAGAGUACGAGCAAGAGAAAGCUCGUCUAGUAAGAGUACGAGCAAGAGAAAGCUCGUCGGAAGAGUACGAGCAAGAGAAAGCUCGUCGGAAGAGUACGAGCAGGAGAAAGCUUGUCGGAAGAGAGUAAACUCGUCGGAAGGAGAGUACGAGUAAGAGAAAGCU